AUGGUUUCGAAAAAUACCUCUAUUUCUUCUGUUAAUAUUAUCCCAAUAUUACCAGACACGAAGGAAAAAUUAUUAGCUCUACUACAUGAAGAAGAGCGACGAAGGUUUUCGCCUGAAAUGCAAAAAAAAUAUUAUGAUGUUGGGAACGAUCCUACAUGUGGCAAAGAUUGGAUGGAUGUUACUGAUCAGAUGCAGCUCGAGUUGGUUCGAGAGUUUGGAUACUCGGAUGAGGCUGUACAAUUGUUGCGACGUGCACCACAGCUUUAUCCAGAUGAUCCUGAAUUCCGUACAACUCAAGUAUAUGUUCGCAAUAAUAUUGCUAAUAUUGGAAAUCUUACUGAAGGAAUGCCAGCACCUGAUUGCCCAUUGGUUCCAUUAGAAUCUUCUAAUGAUUCAUCAACUUUAGUUUCUUUACGCUCACUUUGUAAACCAGGACGGCCUCUUGUUCUCCUUGGUGGAUCAUAUACUUGUCCUCUAUACCGAUAUAUAUCUCAUGUUCUCAAUGAUAUUUAUACGAGAUAUAAAACUCAUGUAGAUUUUUAUAUGAUUCAAAUUCGAGAAGCACAUGCCUCUGAUGUUUGGCCAAUUGGUAACAUUGUAGAUGUCAAGGAGCAUCGUACAUUAUCUGAUCGUUUAACUGCUGCACGUGAAAUGGUUAAAAAAACCCAUUUAGAAAUUCCUGUUUUAGCAGAUACAAUGGAUAAUAAUUUCUUAAAAUUGUAUUCACCAUGGCCAUUCCGUUUUUUUGUCGUUGUAGAUGGUAUUUUAAAACUUGUUGGAAUGCCAAAAGAAGCACGUUAUGAUACAACAGAUCUAGUUGAAUGUUUAAAUAAUCUAUUAUGCAGCAAAAAGGACUAA